AUGCUCAUCACCUCUAGACCUUGCUCGAAUCCUGGAACUACAGCCAACAGAAACAGCCUUACCAGCGAGUCUAGCUCAACAACUAGGCAGCCCAGGUAUCAUGACACAGAUCCUGCAGUGAGAUCUCCUACCCCAGGUGCUAUGUCGGCUUCGAGCAAUGAUGGCUCGAACUACCAUGCAACUCAGGCGAAGAGUGUGAUUCAGAUUGAUCUCCACAACCCCCAACAUAUCAGUCGGGAGCGACAGUCCUUGCUCAAAUCGGCGCUUCAACUGGUGAGCAGCAUUGCCGAGAGCGAGCCUCGGCAUAACGCAACAAGCGUGAGGGAAGAGUCUCGCCCACUGGUCUCUGAUCACAUAAUUCCUCAAAGACCAUCUCGUGAGCUUUUGUAUAUGCUUCUUCCUGGCCCACCAGAGUCAGUGCGUAUUCAGUGGCCCGAUCAUAUAUCCGACAAAACCUUCGCGAGAAUGGCCACAACUCUCCUUCGCGAUGAUGUGGAUAUAGAAGACCAAACCUUUCGUCAAUACCAUGUAUGCGUCUAUGUGAAGGCGAUAUUCCAUUUAUACCAAGCUUCUCGAAGAACGGACGAUCCUAUCUUGAAAGACGAGCUUGCGCGGUCUCGGUCAAUCUAUGUGGCGGCUGCUAUGCGCAGCGCUGAGAAUUUCAAUAUAUUGAAGGCCCCGGAUAUCACAACGAUACAGUUUCUUAUCUCAAGCGCAUUUCUGAUGCAACAUCUAGGCAAACCAAGUCAGUGCUGGCUCUUCAUCUCGUACGCUGCUCGACAAAUUACCGCUCUCAACUAUCACAGGAUUCGGAAACCACCACCAGCUUCAGACUCAGAGCAAGAGAUCUACGACGCGGUCUACUGGUGCUAUUAUCUCGAUCGAACUUUGAGUUCUCUCCUGUGUCGACCUCCUUCGUUGCCCGAUCUCGCAGUAUCCCCUACCGAGCUUAUCAUACUUGACUCGGCAUCGCCAUACAGUAGUCUGUUGAAUGUCUUGCUGGAUCUUGCACAGGUCCAGGGUAAAUUGCAUUCGAUAUCUUGUGGUGGAGUGACUGAAUCGACAGAACGAGCUUUGCAAAUCUGCCAGGUUCUCCAAUCCAAAAUGCAAGCUAUCCUCCCACGCCUCGAAUCGAGUCGGGAUAUAUACCCCAAAAUGGUGCAAUAUGACUGGGUUGGCGUAGAUUUCUGCUACCAUGCUAUAUUCGUCGAGAUCCAGCGAACGCGCUUACAAAACGUUUUCGAUCCAGCCGUGCAUCGAGAGUGCCUGUUAUAUGCCCGCAAAUCCCUCAAGGCAUUUUUAUUUCUUCAAAAACACUCCUCGGAGAUGCCCGGGUUUGAUAGUCCCUACCCGUCGUUUCUUACAUGGACACUUUUCCUCUAUCCUCUCAGUGCCUUUUUUGUGGUCUUCUGCAACAUAAUUGGGACUGUAGAUUAUGAAGAUUUUCAGCUUAUGAGACAGAUCACACAGAGACUAUCUCCCUUCGAACAGGAUUAUCACCUGGGAAAGCUGUUGAACUUGCUGCAAUCGCUGGAACGGCUCUGUGAGCCCUUAUUUCAGGAGCCAAGCAGUGUUGCCGCGGUUAACUCAGCUCAAAGAGACACGACAGCUGAUAUUGCCCUGACAAAUCACGUAUCUCCUCCAGCGAUGCCAUUCGCGGAUGGUAUGGAGCUUUUGCCAGAACCCGAAACCGAUCCGUCGGCAGAUUGGCUCAUGUGGCAACUCUUUAACAGCCAGGUUCCAGCGGGUUGGCUAGAUAAAGGAUUUGACUCUUUUGAAUUUUAA